AUGCCCGGUCUGCACCGCGCGCCAGUAGAUCCCGGCUCGUUACCGCCGCCUGAGUACUGGAACAACUUCGAACCGCUGUAUACAAACUCCAAUCCUUCGCAUCAACAUGCACAUCCUUCACAACAGCAAUUACAUCAACAGCCUCCUGACCAGCCUCAAUCGCAGUCGCAGUCGCAGUCGCAGUCGCAAUCCCAAUCGCGAUCGCAAUCGCAACUACAGCCACAGCCGCCACAACAACAAUCAUCACCUCAGCCGCUAGGAAUUAGCUGGGAUCAUCCGGUUUUCGGUCAGAAUCCUCCACCGCAGAGUCCGUUGCCGACCCCUCAAGAUCAGAAUCACGGCCUGUAUUCCUCCACUACCCCGCAGUCAUGGCGAGCAGCUGCGUUACAUCCACAGCCUAUCUUACCGGCAACGGCACAUCCUAUCGGGAUGACUUCGCAAUAUCGUCAAGCACCGCAAUUCUCCUCAGCGCAUCUUGCAUAUGACACGCAGCCGCUCCCCACAUCGGACAGCGCUCACUUCCCAUCUUACACAUUUCCUCGAUCCUACUAUCCUCCUCAGAACGUGCCAGUGCCUGAUGUAUUUCCUCAAUCUCAUCUGCGUUCUCCUCCCGCGGCGCAGCCACAGCCUCAAGCGACUCAUUUUCGACCCGAUCCACACCAACACCAGGUCCCGCAAUACUCACUACCUACUGGCUAUGCUGGAGGAAAUCUACACGUACCGAUGGGUUACAACACUGAGUUCACUCAGUCUACUCCCACCGUCUCUAGUCAAACCAUCAACCCACAGUUCCUCAGCUCUGCACAGCAAGCUGCUGCUAAUCGACAGGCUGCCCUUCACCCUAAUAACCUUCUCUACCUGAACCCAUCUGAAUACGAUCGCACAGACGAACCAAAGCUCUACCCGUUCUAUCGGGAAGACUUGCAAAUGCCACCCGCAAUGGGGCAGUCCGUAGCGCAUAGCCAACCGAUUGCCCCCAAACCGCAAUCUGCAUACGAGUUUGUGUUACCCCUCAAUGGUCCCAAUCUGACUCAAUCACUAGCAGCUGCAAAGGGCGGUAAAACGGCAAAGAAGUCGGCGACGAAGAAACAGCCAACCUCUCAGUCCAAAAAGACGACCGUCAAGGGAAGUAGUAAGAAGGUGGACGGGACAGCUGACUCUUCGGAAUCAGAGACCGACAGCUCGGACUCGGAGCUUGAGAUCGAGGAUCGGGCACCCGAGGAGCCGUCUCCUCUGCCAGCCUCUCGCCCUAGCGAGCCCGAAGCUGCUGCGAAGUAUGAUGCUCUAAAGGCCGUGUGGUCUCCACGUAAUCGACGGCCUAAUGUGGACAAGGUCAAGAGUGCGCUGGUCGCAUUCAAAGACGUUGUGAAAACCGUAAGGGAUGCAUGGAAAGACAGCUCCCAAGCCAUGAAGGCGGCCGAGAAUACAGGUAAUAAUGAUAAAGCAGCCCAGCUGAAGAAGGAUGUGGUCUUACAGCGCCGUCUCAUGGAUGUGGUCGUUUGUGCGACUUUGGAAACGGGCCAUCCACUAAUCGUCGAGAAAUUGGGCGAACAUCCCAUAGCCGUGGCAGCCCUGUAUUCGUUCUUGCUGGACCGACACCAGGCUGCUGAUAUCAACGGGACAUUGACUGUGAAUAUACUUAAGUUGCUUUCGCGCUUUGUUACCAUGGACGAAGAUGUGCUACAGAAGACCAAUGUUGCCAAGCUGCUACCCAGAUUUGUCAAGAAGGGUGGCCCAGCUGUCAGAGAAUUGGCGCAGAAGAUCAUGGACAAUGCUGCGGCUUCCACCAGAAGGAAACAGGAGACUGCGAAGCCAGCGGCCAAGGACGGCUCGCCUAGUAAACAAACAAGCACUGUUACUGCUAUGGCUGCUCCCGACGGCACCCAGGCAGAACUAGCUGGAUCUAAACGACCUCGCGAUGCCGAGAGCAAUGGACAGCCGGCAACGAAGCGAGUAGUCGUAGCGUCUCAUUCCAAGGUUGCUGCGAAGCCCAUUGGCGCUGUGGCACCUGCGCGGCGACCACAAGAAGCAGGCCCGGAGAACAAGGCAGCGGCAGCAGCGCAGCCCUCUCGUCCUAAGACUAAUAUUGUAGCGCCGAAGCCUACCAAUCUGUUUGGGAGUCUUUCGUCGGCCUCGAAACGACCGGGAACAUCCAAUGCUGAGCGAGCAGCGGCUGCAGCGGCGAAGACCAGCAGCAAUCUCCCGGAAAGGAAAGAACCCCAGCCUGCACUUCCGCGACCAACGUUCUCGUUCGGGGACCUCAUGGCAGACCUGAACAAGCCGAAGGAGACGACUCCUGCUCAGCCGUCCGAACCUAAGUCGCCCGAGACGGAAGAAGAACGGAAGAAGCGCCUUCGUAAGGAGGCUCGACGCCGGUUGCGAGUCACCUGGAAGCCCGACGAGUCGCUUACUGAAGUCCGGCUUUUCACCCAUGACCCUGAUGAGGAGCUCGGUCCUGGCGAUCACAUGCAGCGUGAAGCUGGUGAUGUGAAGGGUGAAGGUAGCGUGCUGAAGCUCCACCGUGAUCUCGACGAGGAAGAAGACGAAGAAGGUGGCAUACGCGAGGAGCAGUUGCUCGAAUAUCUUUUGCCGUCCGAAAUUGACUUCGAGGACAUGUCUAACGAAGAACGUCAUUUGAACUUCAUCAAGCGUGGUGGUAAUGAAAUUCCAGAAAGUGCGGAGAGGAAGGCUCAGGAGCAUCGUGAGGCAACCACCCUGACGGUGUUCUAUACUUCGCCUGCGGACGUGCCGUCAACGCCCAAAGAGCCCCCGCAACCCGACUAUGAAGACCCCACAACUGAUGCGGUCUCCUUUGGCGAGGUUCCGGAUCAUGUCAAGGCCCGUCAAAACCGAUACUUCGCUGCGGUCAAACCUCAGCCGCCACCUACAGCCGCGCCCGUAGCAGGUGCCCAAGCGCCAUUCGAUAUUUCGAAUCUUCUCAAGAUUAUUCGAAGUGCGCCCCAGCAACCAAAAUCAACCCCUCCCCCCGAGGCCCAACCGGCGGCCGCGGGUGUCUCAGAUCUUGAACGGACUUUCAGCAUGUUCCGCCAGCCGCAGCCGCAGCCGCAGCCAACUCCUCAGACUCCUAUAUUGCAGAUGCCCCAGUUCCCUGCAGCUCCUCAGCCUGCAACAGGUCAGGGCAUUGAUCUCCAAAAUAUCCUGGCCAUUAUGAAUGCACAAAAGCAGAUGCAGCCGGCGGUCACUGCCCCGCAAGCCCCACCAUCUCAACCCGGCAUUGCGCCUAACCUCGCUGCCAUUUUCUCCCAAAUCAAUGGCCAAAACCAGCCCACCGCGGGCAACCCGCCUCAACAGUCUGGGCAUUAUGAGGACCCGGAGCGCAAGCGUCUUCGCGAGUCUGGUGGAUAUGAUGGGACCGAUGAUGACAGGUACAGCUAUUCCAAGCGGAACAAGUAUAAUGACCUUGGCAAGAAGCACCCCAAGGCAGGAUCUGUACCUUGCCGGUAUUGGCAAAGCGGGAAAUGCCGCAAAGGUGAUGAUUGCACAUAUCGCCACGAUCCGUUGAUUUAA